AUUCACGACGACGGCGAGGAGGAGGAGAAAAUGGCGACGGAUGAGGAGUUUUUCAGAUUGCAGAGAGAAUAUUGGCGUCAAGUCGCGGAAUCGGAUGGUUUCGAUAUAGAGAAUGUUAGAGUACCGGAUUCUAUGGUUGGAAAGAUUGCUGGACUGAUUCCCCACGACUGUCUGCGUUAUAGGCGUUUUCCGUACGGUGUCUUGGUCAAGCAUUAUGCUAUUGUUGGGCUUCAUCGUUACAAUAUGUUGAAGGGGACUAACUUCCAGUUCGGUCGCCUAAUGAAAUUCAACAUGUUACAGAACUGUGUGUCCUCUUUCUACAUGACUUUGGAAGCAUUUGAUCACUUUGUUUCUGGCCGAUUUCCUAAAACCUUUCAGAUUCGAAUUGAUGAAAAAACAUAUGGCAGUUUGGAUUUGACGGUCUCCAUUGCUAGAACUACAGAUGAAGUGACCACCAAGAAGCCCUUCAUACCUCACUAUUAUGGUGGGGCAGUGGCGGAUGGUAUCAUCUUCGAAGGUGAAUUGCCUGAUUGGCCCUCAGAUGAUGAUUUGAAACACAGAAAACGAUUCUACGUGGUGAAGGAAUCAGAGUGGCGAGACACUGCUUGGAUUUUCAUGUAUUUGGAACUUGUACUUUGUGCACAUGAUAGGUCCAUCACUGAUGCUGAUCUGGCCCGGUUGAAGAUUGUGAAAGUGGCGAUAGAAACUAGUAUCGAAGAUGCGCUGCCGAAUGAAAGACUCAAGGCCAAAAGUGCAAAUGUCUACAUAUUGUUUAAGGGCUUGGAAGAGCCUCGAGUCCCUCAACAGGUUUUUGUCACUGGUAUGGAUGUUGAACGCAAAGCAAUAAUUAGAAGAGUCAUGGAUGAUGCAGGAUACUUAACUCUCGUGGGUAAGCUUUGUGGUGGUGUUAAAAAGGUCCGCCGGUUUAAUUAGUUCAGAAACCACUUUUCAAAGAACAUAAGAUCGUUUUCUGUCAAAAUACUGCAAAAGGGAGAAGUCGAAUGUUAUCUCUUUGGUGGGAUUUGGAAAGACAGUUUUAGAGUAUUGAUGGACCCAUAAGUUGUUGUUAUGCUACAUAAGAUUAAUGAACCCUUGAGUAAAUUGGUUGAUAAUUCUUUUUGUUGCA